AUGCCGAUGGGAUCACCUUUAUCACCCGUGAUCGCGGACAUAGUACUUCAGGAUUUGGAGGAGAGAGCCUUGAACACUUUGGGAAUUCAUCUUCCGUUUUAUGUAAGAUAUGUCGAUGAUGUUGCUUUAGCAGCACCAAAAGAAAAAACGACAGAGAUCCUCAGGGUGUUUAAUUCUUUUCAUCCACGACUACAAUUCACCAUGGAAAUUGGUGGCUUGACGUUAAAUUUUUUGGAUUUGACGUUGAUUAAAUUCAAUGGAGGAAUUGAAUAUGAUUGGUAUCAUAAACCUACUUUCUCUGGUAGGUACAUAAAUUUUAUGUCUCAACAUCCUCUUUCUCAAAAAAUGGGUACGAUUAUGGGUCUGGUAGAUAGAGCAUUUCUUUUGUCUGUUCCAAAAUUCCACAAAAAGAAUUUAAUAUUUGUUAUAGAAACUUUACUUUGUAAUGACUAUCCGUUAGAUAUUAUUUUUAACACAAUUAAUGACAGGUUGAAAUCAUUAGUGAAUAAAAAAACCGCUAAUCAACAAAAUACUGACACAAUUAUGAAUAAUGUUGAAGAGAUAAAAACAUGGUUCAUUAUACCAUAUAUCAGAAAGAUGACAGAUAGGUUUACAGAAAUAGCCAAAAAUUUGAGUGUUAAAUUGGCGAUUUGCAGUCUGAAUAAACUUAACUGUUUUAUUAAAGCGCAGAAAGAUUGCCUGACCACUUUCCAUAAAAGGAACGUGAUUUAUAAAAUUAAUUGCAAUGACUGUGAUGCGUCUUAUGUUGGCCAAACUAAGCGCACAUUAGGAGUAAGAAUCAAAGAACACAAGAAUGACAUCCGUAAACGCAAUGGUAAUCUUUCUGUUCUCAGUGAACACCGAUUAAAUUUGAACCAUGAUUUUGAUUGGGAGGAUGUCAAAAUUAUGGAUACUGAAAGAUGGUUUUACAGACGACGUAUAUCUGAAAUGUUGUAUAUAAAGUUGCAAAAAAACAGCCUCAAUCUACAAUCUGACACAGAUUUUUUACAUGAAUCGUAUAUGCCCAUUCUCGAACAAUUGCGAUAA